AUGUCGAAUCCUCUCCCCUGGCUGUUCUUCCCAUCGUCCACUCUGUCCUGCAGGCCUUUCGACUAAGGCAGUGGAUCCAGGAGUGGUCGACCCCCAGCAUCAGCAUCGCCCAGGAGCAUCCUGAAACCCUCUUGUAGGAAGCAAGUUUGUGUACUCCUCUCCGUAAGAAGUUACAGUAACUCACUCAUCCAGGGCAAGAGAAUACACAUGUUCUAAAGCUGCCAACAUACUUCCUCACGCGCGAUGAGUCAGUACAAACACACAGGCGGCGAAGAACCCAAUGAACUUCACCUCUCUUGGCUCGGCCAGGCACAGUUCCUCUCGGCCCACGACAAAACCGUGGAAUCAAUGGCUCCGCCAGCUUGCAACCAUAAAACUAAGGACCAACAAUACGUAAAUUUGGAACUUACGUAUUCUGAUUGAUAGCUAAUUACACAUGUAUCCCAGCUAAUUACGCUUCUAUCUAGCAAUUAUCUAUAAAAGAUUGCUUCUCAUAACUACUAGCUGUGGUUCUUGCUUUUUUUGUUUGUUUGUUUUUUUGGUGCAUAGAACCCUUUGAGAAUCUGAUGACGGCUACUGACCUGCCACAGAAAAAUGCUGAGAUAGAAUGUUCCACAUGCAAUGUCAGGUGGUUUGUGGGUCCUUAAAGGUGACUGAGGACCCUGAUGUGAGUUAUGACAAGUUUAAAAUUACUCAAUAAUUUCAUAAUGAUCCUGACAUUUAUUGCUUUGAUUACCAGGAGAACAUCUAAAAGCAGGAUAUAAAAGCAUCACUCUAUGCAGAGACUAUUUCUGGACAUGUAUAUUAAAUAUGAGAAAUUGUGAAUGGAGGCUGCCUCCGGUAUAAGGCACUGAGGGGGGCUGGAAUGAGAGGAGGAUUCAUACUUUUUCAUUGGAUAUCCUUCUGCAGUUUAUUUAUUUUUUUUCCAUGUGCAUGCAUUACUUUCCUAAUUAAACAAAGAGUUAAGUAAAAGUCAUUUCAGUGAAGAAUUAUACACGACCCAUUGUUGCCUGCAUGUCUGCCUACCCAGCAGGGUGGGUCCCACAUCAGCCGGCACAAGGCAAAGCAUCAGUCCAGGAGAGAUGAGGAAUCAUGUCUACUGGGUCUUCAACACAGGUCAUUAAAAGUUCCAAAUGGGAGGGGAGGGUGAAUAUUGUUUCAUGUGUGUGUGUGUGUGUGUGUAUGUGUGUGUGUGCGCUUUCUGGCCAGCAGCAUUCCUUCUUUGCCCCAUUUCUCAGCCCCAACAUUCCACUUUCCCUUACUGACUUGAGAAGCUCCUGUCGUUCAGAAAACCACCCCUUGUCUGCCAUGUGCUGCCAACACUCCCUCCACGUACCAUCUGAAUGCAUCCAAGUUUUAAAAUUUUAGGAGUCUAAUCUAUUGAUCAUGUUCAAUAAUUUCUUUUAUAAUUUUACCUCUUACUGUCACGCUGAAAGAGCCCCUUUCUGAAAGGGGCUCUAGAAACUUCACAUAGGGGAAACGUGGCGGUCACCACCUUACCCCAGAGAUCGAGGCUGACACAGAGAGUCCUGUUGAUAGUAUUAAAUCAAGCCAGGAUGCAACCGAGAAAGACACUUCGCCCCUGUGGGCCUCUUUCCUAAGCCCAAGGCUCUGUCCAGUCAUGAGAAGCCAUCAGAAAAACCCGAAUUCAGGGACAUUCUACAAAAUACUGACCAGUGCCCUUCAAAGCUCUUAAGGUCAUGAAAUUCAAGGAAAUACUGAGAAACUAUGGCAGACUGGGAGAGACUAAGGAGACAGGUGGUAUCUUGGAUUGGAUC